AUCCCUGUCAAGCUCUACAAUCAUUUUUGUUUUCUAGAUAAGGGAGGCAAGAAAUAGAAGAGAUGAAGAUUCUCCAAUUAACUGCUAUAAUAUGGACUCUUCUAGUGAUUUCAGCUAAAGGGCAAAUUAGCACGCCAUGCACAGGCUCAAUGCUCAGCAGCUUCACACCAUGCAUAAAUUUCGUUACGGGAAGCAGCGGCAGCGGCGGAUCCCCAAGUGCCAGCUGCUGCAAUUCAAUGGCAUCAAUGAUGAGCACUAGUGUAGAUUGUACUUGUCUAAUAAUAACAGCUAGUGUCCCUCUUCAACUUCCGAUUAACCCUAUACUAGCAAUCACUCUCCCUCAAGCAUGCAAGAUGAGUGGUGUGCCAUUACAGUGCAAAGCUUCUGGCUCUCCUCUACCAGCUCCAGGUCCUGUGUUGCUAGGUCCCACUCUUCCACCCCCAGCUCUUGCUCCUCUCAGUCCACGAGCUUCGAAAGCAGUAGUUCAGGCUCCGCCACCACAAUCAGAAGCCUUUCUUCCACUGACACCUGCAUACCCACCAGAGACAACAGCAGUUCCCCCGACAACUACAGGAAUUCGACCAGUGCUGAACCCCGCUGCAUCCAUGUCAUCUCACAUUUCCCCAUCAAUCUCCCUACUUGCAUUCACAGCAAUCAUGGUUUUGAAAUGCAAUUAAAUUUGACCCUCACCUGCGUUUCAUUUUGCUCUGACUGUUCGCUUCCCUUUUAUGAUGUGAUUAAUUUUGCUCUGGGUUUGAGUUGAAUGUGAUGAAAUCAGCUUAAUGUAAUGUAACGAAAUGGGAAAAAAAAAAAAAUGAAGCAACAAUUUAGAGAUGAAAACAAGGGGAAUAAUGUAUAUCACAUUUGACAAUGCAAAAUCAUUUGAUUGGUUGUUUGAAA